AUGGUUACAGGAUCCUGCCCUGCACUGGAGCUCUGCUGCAGCAUAACAAAGAGGGAGUUGCUACUGGCCAUGGGAAGCACGCUGCUUUGUAUUGGGUAGAAUAGCCUUGGAAUCCCUGUCCAGCCGGCGUUCUAUGUCUGAAUGUAUUGCCCUGUGAAUGGUGAGUGGUAUGUGGUCCUGGCACACUGUGAGCCUUGCACUUUCUGGGGGCCCCUGGCUGUUCCUCCACCAGGAGAUGCUCUGGGUCUAGCUGCUUCUGCCUUAUCUGGAUGGCUCUCCAUUUUAUUGCUGAUCUGAAACUAGCAGCCGUAAAAACUGUGGAUCUAAAACUGUCUGGAAAACUCUUUGCAUGAAAAGGAAAAUAAAUUUAAAAAAAACCCUCACCCCUCUUAAAAAACACAACAAAGUAAGAAAACAUCUGAGCCCUGUUUACGCAGGGACUGGAUCUAAUAUAGCAGGCACAACCCUUCGUCUGACUCUGUAUGGCCAAGACAAAUGUAUUUCUAUAAGAUUCAAUUCUACACAAGAGAUGAUCUAAAGAAACACCCUCUAUAUUAUUAAAGUGGGCUAACAAAGCAAAAAAGAUAAUAUGCAUGUGUCAUUGGCGGAAGCCUUAGAGGUCAGAGGAGGGCCAUUGCAAGAAGAGGAAUUAUGGGCUGUCCUAAACCAAAGUGCCGAGAGCCUUCAGGAGUUAUUGAGAAAGGCUGAUCCUGCAGCCCUUGGGUUUAUCAUCUCUCCAUGGUCUCUCCUUUUGCUGCCCUCUGGAAGUAUAUCAUUUACAGAUGAAAAUGUUUCCAAUCAGGACCUACGUGCCUUCACUGCCCCUGAAGUGCUGCAGAGCAAGUCACUGUCUUCACUCACAGAUAUUGAGAAGAUUCAUAUUUAUUCCCUUGGGAUGACUUUAUAUUGGGGAGCAGAUUAUGAAGUACCUCAAAGCCAGCCUAUAAAGCUUGGGGAACGUUUAAACAGCAUUUUACUUGACAUGUGCGAAGAUCACUUUUUGACCAGAUUGACCACUCGCACAGUUUUGGAUGGCUGUAGUGCCCAUGUCAGAAAUAGUAACUGUUCCCCCUCAUUCUACUACAUCAAGCAACUUGUGAAACUGGUUCUCGGCAGUCUCUCUGGGAUUGAUCAACUUGGUGUUAAAGCAAAAGAACCUGAUCGAAGCCAAGCAAUCCGUGACAGGCUCAGGGGAAAAGGCCUCCCUACAGUUAAAAGCCCAGCUUUUGAUGGACACGACAUGCACUCCAAUAGGAGCACACAACAGCUUUUCCUUAGCAAAGGACUCAGUAAAUCAAUGGGAUUUCUUGCAUUCAAUGAUCAGUGUGGGGAAGAAGAUUCCUGCCAUUACACGUCAUCUGAGUAUAACUCGGGAUACGAGGACACAUUUAGUCCCCAUUACCCACAACCCGAACUUAAACACAGUGAAAUAGAAGGUCAAAAUGGCAACAAUGGUCAAAGGAAAAAACAUUGGGUAUCAUCGUUUGAUUUGUCAUCCAUUACUGACCAAGCCACUGAGAGAGGUUUUUCAUCUACAGACAAUUGCAGAUCUAAUCACAUCUCUGAAACUAAUGUACGAACUACAUUGCCUAAAUUUGCGGAUCUUAGGCACCCGGAUGGAAGUGCAGCUGUUCAAGCAUUAGGUCCUCAAGUUCGACAUGGACCAGAUGUGCCAACCUCAAUCGCUAUUUCCAGUGCCUUGGACAGAAUUAAAGAAAAAAAGAAGAAAUUGCAAGUGCUGAGAGAAGCAAUGAGCAUAGAAGAGCCACACAGAUUACACAGAUCCUCGCAUAGCGAUGCCUACAGUACCUCCAGUGAAAGUCCAUCCAUAGUUUCAUCUGAUCCAGAAUUUAGACAAGGGAGAAAAACUGAUGCAUUAAGAACAUAUGACUCAUCAAGUGUUUUUGUCGGAACAGAAGAAUCCAACAGAUUACAGCCUCCUGGAUUGAGCCAGAAAUAUGAAUCUCUACCAGAUGGUGUUCAUCUCGGCCAAGAAAUGCGAAAACGACAAGAGGAAGAUCUGAUCCAAAUGCAAACCAGAAUGGCUAUACGACAGUCUCGGCUAAACUUGUACUCUGAUGACAUCCCUCGAGCAUCAAUGUUGGACAUCACACGGGAUCCUCUCAGAGAUAUUGCCAUGGAAACAGCGAUGACACAAAGAAAACUAAGGAAUUUUUUUGGACCAGAGUUUGUAAAGAUGACUGUUGAACCUUACAUCUCAUUGGACCUUCCACGAUCUAUCUUGGCUAAGAAGGGGAAGGGAGACGAAGCCCGAAGGAAGGUGAACAUCAUUCUGCUCAGUGGACAGAGGCUGGAAUUGACUUGUGAUGCAAAGUCCACAUGUAAAGAUGUCUUUGAUAUGGUUGUAGCCCACAUUGGACUUGUAGAGCACCAUUUGUUUGCCUUAGCGAUUCUUAAAGACAAUGAAUUCUUCUUCAUCGAUCUUGACCUAAAAUUAUCCAAAGUGGCUCCAGAAGGGUGGAAAGAGGAUGUAAAAAAGAAAGGCAAAUCCGCUGUCAAUUUCACCUUAUUCUUCAGGGUGAAGUUUUUUGUUGAUGACGUAAGCCUCAUACAACACAGUCUUACCUGCCACCAGUACUAUCUACAGCAGAGGAAAGACAUCUUGGAGGAGAGACUGCACUGUGAUGAUGAAACAUCGUUGUUAUUGGCAUCUCUGGCACUUCAGGCAGAAUAUGGAGACUACCAGCCCGAUGUUCACAGUAUGGCCUACUUUAGGUUAGAACAUUACUUGCCUCCUAGAGUAAUAGAGAAACUGGAUCUCUCCUAUCUGAAAGAAGAGUUGCCUAGACUGCACAGUACCUACUCCGGAGCUUCAGAGAUGGAAGCUGAGCUUGAAUUCUUAAAAGUGUGCCAGAGGCUGCAAGAAUAUGGAGUACACUUCCAUCGAGUGCAUCCUGAGAAGAAAUCUCAGACUGGUAUCCUCCUUGGAGUGUGUCCUAAAGGAGUGCUUAUCUUUGAGCUCCAUAAUGGGACCCGGACUCCAGUCCUCAGAUUCCCGUGGAGGGAAACAAAAAAGAUCUCUUUUACGAAGAAGAAGAUAAGUUUGCAGAACACAUCAGACAGCAUCAAGCAUGUUUUUCAGACAGACAGCAGCAAGACCUGCCAAUAUCUCCUCCACCUCUGCUCUUCUCAGCACAAGUUCCAGCUACAAAUGAGAGCCAGGCAGAGCAGUCAGGAAAAUCAGGACAUUGAAAGAGCUUCACUAAGGAGUAUGAACAUCCAAGCGGAAUCUCUUCGCGGAUACAGUAUGGCUCGGGCUAUCAGUACAACCAGCCUAGCUAGCAGCACAAUGAAUCGGAUGGCUGUUCGACCUGUAUCCAUCCAACCCGACCUUCUGAAAAGACUUUCAUGCUCAGACUUGUCAACACUCCAAACCCAUCUUGGCAAUGGACCAAGGGAGAGAAAGGCUAAGGGCCCCUGGGAAGACAGACCUCGCAUCAUAAGCAAAUCUUAUCAUGACUUAAGUCAGGUUUCUCUGUCACCGAGACAGAGAAUGCUUCAUACUAGAAUGGACAACCCACCCAAUACCUUGGAGGAGCUGAUGAGUAAAGCAUCUUUUCAUCAAGUGGCCAAGUCAGAUAACGAAUCAGAAACUAGAUAUGGAAAGAUAAAUGAAUCAAAAUCCUUCACUGGACUAAACCGGAGUCUUGACCUGAGGAAGCCAGAGUCAGAUUCAUCAUCUAUGGAUGACAGUGGACAUGCCUAUGUUGUAGGUGUCAGUAUGCACAGUCUGGGAAGUCCGUCGUCACCCAUCCUCUAUAAAGGAAAUGAAUUACUGCACAGCAAAAUGAGUGCGGCAUCUUCUCUUGAAAGGGAAAUCACGCUGGUGAAGCUUAAAAAAGAUCCAAAGUAUGAUCUUGGAUUUCAAAUUGUGGGAGGAGAAACCACAGGGAAACUAGAUCUUGGAUUAUUUAUUAACUCGAUCACUCCUGGUGGACCAGCAGGUGUGGAUGGACGUUUAAAACCAGGUGACCGUCUGAUAUCUGUGAAUGGCAUAAGCUUGGAAGGUGUCAGUCACCAGACAGCAUUAGACAUUCUUCAGGGUUCCCCUGAGGAUGUUGCUCUUCUAGUUUCUCAGCAAAAAGAGAAGAAUCCCAAAGGCCAGCUUCCUAAUGGUUCAAAAAGUAGUCCACCAUGGAGACAGUUGUCUGUUAAAGGCAUUGAUGCUGAUUCUUCUUCAGAAGAACAUAACCGAAUGCGAAGCCCUACAACUCCCUCUAGAAUCCUCUCAGGAAGCUCAUUUGCAAUGUCCAUGGGUAAGAGGGAAGGAAGCGUAAGUUCACAAGAUUCCCGUACAGAAAGUGCAAGCCUUUCUAACAGCCACAUCAAUGGUCUAAACAACAAUCUUGGGAAGGACCAAUCAACGCCACCUGCUCAUCAUGCCCGAAACCCAUCUUCAGACUGUUCCAGAUCAAUUGACAGAAAAAAGGCACAUGAGAACAACAACAAAACAAAAGGAAAAAGGGCAGGUUUGACGGAGUCCAUUGACUAUUCUGACAGGGGCGAUUCUGACAUGGAUGAGGCAACCUACUCAAGUAGCCAGGAACAGAGGAUAGUUAAAAAGGAAUCUGCUUCUGAGAGUCCAGUACAGAAGCUAAAUUGUAGCAAGCUUUCUACCAUGCCGCUGAAGCCAGGAGAUGUUUUCACGGUGUUGCUGGCCAAGAAAGAUGACAGCUUGGGGAUAAGUGUCACGGUACUGUUUGACAAGGGUGGUGUAAAUACCAGUGUAAAGCAUGGUGGUAUAUAUGUUAAAGCCAUUAUCCCGAAUGGAGCAGCAGAGAAAGACGGAAGGAUUCAAAAGGGUGACCGCGUAAUUUCGGUUAAUGGAACAAGUUUGGAAGGAGCUACCCAUAAGCAAGCUGUGGAAACCUUGAGAAAUACAGGACAGGUAGUAACUCUGCUGCUAGAAAAAGGGCAUUUGCCUGCCACCAACGUUCAUGCUCCAGUUACCCCUAAGUGUACUCCUCCAAACCAAGUAGAUCCCAGCAAGCCACAGGACCAGAAGCUGACCAAAACCCUAGACUACAGCUUUGCCACUGAAGAAAAUUCUUUUCAAGUCAAAUUACUGAAGAAUAGCUCUGGCCUGGGUUUCAGUUUUUCUCGAGAGGACUACCCCAUUAUUGGGGAAGCUAGCUCCAGCAUAGUGCGGGUCAAGAAGCUGUUUCCUGGACAGCCUGCAUCUGAAAGUGGCAAAAUCAAUGUAGGAGAUGUGAUUCUUAAGGUCAAUGGAGCCUCACUUAAAGGCCUGCCUCAACAGGAAGUCAUUUUAGCAUUGAGAGGAACUUCACCUGAAGUCACACUACUCAUGUGCAGACCGCCUGUAGGGGUAUUACCAGAGAUCAACCCCUUAGUAUUGACACCUUUAAACUCACCUCAGCAGUCCUUCCAGGAGAGCCAAAGUAGCACAGAUCAUCCUCUUACACUGGAGUGUGAUGACAGUUCGGAUGAAAAUGAGGAGGUUAAUGACAAGAGCAGGAGACCGCUCAAGAAUCCUUCUAGGAGGGAUAGCUACAGUGACAGCAGUGAAACUGGAGAAGAAGACUUUGUACCCGAACCAGAUGAAAUGCCAGUCCCUAGAUGGAAUGCAAAUGUCUACCAGACUCCCAACUGCUUGAUGGCCACAGCUCGUAGUCCGUGUGACACCCCAGCGAUCCAUGAAGAGACCAUCCGUACUAGCUUUUAUGCACCACAAGAAUCUCCCAACAAACCAGAAUUUGAGGACAGCAAUCCGCCGUCUCCUAUUCCUUUUGAUAACACACCUACCCAAAGUGAAAAUAUUCCUCAAAUUGUACUUUCUGAGGCUUACCACACCGAGACAAAGUCUUUCCAAGAGGAACCAUUAUCUAUAAAGAGUUUGGGGCUGAAAGAUCUUGAAGAUUUUGAACCAGAAGUAGAGCUUCAUGUCACAUUGACCAAAUCAGAAAAAGGAAGUCUUGGCUUCACAGUGACAAAAGCCAAUGAUUGUUUGGGAUGCUAUGUUCAUGACAUUAUUCAGGACCCUGCCAAAAGUGAUGGCCGGCUUCAACCUGGCGAUAGACUGAUCAGAGUUAAUGAUGUAGAUGUAACUAACAUGAGUCACACAGAAGCAGUGAAUUUAUUGAGAGCAGCACCAAAGACUGUACGCCUUGUGCUUGGUCGUGUCCUUGACAUUCCCAAACCUCAAGUGCCACCACAACUCUUGCCUGAUAUCACACUGACAUGCCACAAGGGAGGCCUAGGUCUGUCUUUAUCAGGAGGUCCCGACAGUCUUUCCCAGGUCAUUUACAUAGAUGCUAUAAAGCCAGGCUCUGUAGCAGAUCGAGAAGGAAGUUUAAAACCUCUUGAUAUCUUACACUACAUAAAUGGACACAGCACAUUAAACAUGACCCUAGAGGAAGCAGAGCGUGCCCUGGAAUCCCUUCUGUCUUCUGUUGUUUUAAAAGCAACCAGAGAUGGAAACCCUGUUGUUCCCAUUAACAAAGAUAAUUUGAGCUCAGGCCCAAUAUCUGCAAAAUUGAAUGGUUAUCCUUGUGGAGAAAGAGUAAGGCAUGUAGACGAUCUCUCUGAUGUAUAUACUCCAGAGGCAGGUGUAGUACAGGCUGUUUUGCAAAAGCCUGUCUCUGGAGAGUUGGGAUUUUCCCUGGUGGGAGGAGAAUAUGGUGUAUUUGUGAAAUCCAUCAGUCCUGGGGGUGUAGCUGACAUAGAGGGGAGCUUACAGGUUGGAGACAAAUUGCUCCAGGUAAAUGGUGAAAGUAUGAUCGGUGCCACACAUGCUAAAGCAGUGUCAAGUCUUCGGAAUGUAAAAGGAUCUGUUCAGAUCGAGGUAGCACGAGAAGCAAUGCCAAGAGAGAGUACAUCGAAAAUGAAAACUUGUAAUGGAAUUUUAGAUCCUGAGAUUCAAAAUGAAAACAAUCAAAAUGAUGAGGAUUGUGAAGAUGAUGAGGAUGUCAUCCAGUCUCUGCUUGAUGUUGUCCAUGAAGAAACGCAAAACUUGUUACAACUCAAAAGACAGAAUGCACUUUUAGAGGAACACAUGUCAGAGGGGACAAAUCAUGAAUUGUCAUUUGAGAAAGCAGAGGACACAGACUGUGACGGCUCGUCAUUACCUGAUGACUCUCCUGAGCCAACCAAAGUAAAUGGAAUUGGAUCUUACAGCAUUAAGGAAAAUAAUCAAAGAUUACCAUCAAAAUCUCACAUUGCACAAUUAGAUGAAGAUGAAAUAACCUGGGAAAAUGAAGAUCUAUCAACAAAGUCAUCAUCCCAAGAGCUUACAGAUUGUUUCAGUGUGACAAACGAACAGCUUUCCUCCCUCCCGCAUGUGGAAGUACUUCCGUCUGGCAGGUACAGCGGAUCCAAGUUAAAGCUAAUUAUACGUCUGAUUCGGGGCAUGCUUGAGCAAGGAAUACCAUUGAAGGAGUUUGAGGAUCUCCAGGAUUUAAAGCCUUUGGAUCAGUGCCUCAUUGGACAAACUGUAGAAAACAAAAAGAAAAACCGCUACAAGAACAUACUUCCUUAUGAUGCCACAAGAGUACCUGUGGGACCAGAAGAUGGAUACAUCAAUGCAAGUUUCAUCAAGAUGCCAGUUGGCAACGAGGAAUAUGUUUACAUAGCAUGCCAAGGACCUCUUCCCAGUACUGUGUCAGACUUUUGGCAGAUGGUGUGGGAACAAAAUUCUACAGUUAUUGCCAUGAUGACCCAGGAGAUUGAAGGAGGGAAGAUAAAAUGUCAGCGGUACUGGCCUGAUGAUCCUGGCCGACCCCAGAGACUCUCUAAUAGACUUCAGAUUAGUCUGGUGAAAAUGCAGCAGUUGGAAAGUUUUUUAUUAAGGGUUAUAGAGUUACAAGAUAUUCAGACUGGUGAACUACGGCACAUUGCUCAUUUGAACUUCACUGCUUGGCCAGACCAUGAUACGCCAACAGAUCCAAACCAACUGCUCAAUUUUAUUUCCUAUAUGAGACAUAUCUACAAGUCAGGACCCAUCAUUACACACUGCAGUGCAGGCAUUGGCCGUUCAGGCACCCUUAUAUGCAUCGACGUGAUGCUAGGACUGAUCAGUAAAGAUCUAGAGUUUGCCAUCUCAGACAUGGUGCGAACAAUGAGACUUCAAAGGCAUGGAAUGAUACAGACAGAGGAACAGUACAUUUUCUGCUACCAAGUGAUUCUUUAUAUUCUUAAACAACUGCAAUCAGAAGAGCACAAGAGGAGAAAAUAAAGUGCAGUAUUUGGCCUUGUUUGACCUUUCUUCGUUAGUUAUCCAUUUUCAUUUUGUACAAAUGUUUUACGUGUCUUAUUCAUUGUAGACUAAUUAGCUCUACGAAAACAUGAAUGUUAACUUGUUUGAGACCAUAAUUUUACACUGUUCAUAUACCAGUAAAUAAACAAGGGCUGCAUUUUUUUUGUAGCUUACUUAAGACUGUUUAGACCAAUACAAACUUAAAACCAAUGCCAAGUGCAGUUGUGUUUAACUGCUAUUUUAUUUUAUUAAGGGGGAGGGUGAUUGUAAAGACAGUAUUUUAAUACAGUGACAUUUGUUACUCGGGCAUUUACAUUUUUGAUAACCUGGUACGCAUGUAUAUCCGCAAACAAAGUUUUCAAGUAUUUAAAAACAAAAUAGUUUUCUGUGGAGUACUUGAAUCCAGUAUUUAAAUAUGUGAGAACAGAUCAAUUUCUAUAUACCAAAAAGGAGUAAAUAUAUUGUAAUUAUUUCCUACAUUUCAUAAUGUUUACUUAUAUAGAGUUUUAUGUACUAUUUAUAUACUUUUACAAAAAGCAUUAGUA